AUGUCUCCAAAAAGUAUCCUCAUCACCGGUGCCAAUCGAGGAAUUGGUCUCGGUCUUCUCAAACAAUUCCUCAAAGUUCAAGACAUUCAAAUCCUUAUUGCUACUUGCAGAGAUCCAUCCAAAGCUGAGGAACUGAAUAGUCUCAAAGACUCUCGACUUCAUAUUCUUCCAUUGAACAUUGAUUGUGACGAGUCAAUCAGCAAAUUGUACACCGAGGUUGAGAAACUCGUUGGCGAAGACGGUCUGACUGUUCUCCUCAAUAAUGCUGGAAUUCUUCUCCCGUAUGAUGUCGAAGGAAAGAAGGAUCGUCGCACUAUGCUCAAGAACAUUGAAACUAAUGCCGUUUCUACUGCUAUCAUCACUCAGGAAUUCCUUCCACUUCUGAAAAAAGCUGCUGAGAAGAAUGGUGGAGAAGGGUUCUCAAUCAAUCGCUCUGCUAUUAUCAACAUUUCUUCCACUGCUGCCUCAGUCGAGAAGAUUGAUGGAACAUUUAAUGGACCAUUGGUUGCUUAUCGUAUGAGCAAGUCAGCUCUCAAUUCAUUUGCCAAGUCAGCUUCCAUCGACUUGGCCAAAUAUCACAUUUUGAUCACCUCUUUCUGUCCAGGAUGGGUGAAAACUGACAUGGGAGGAGAGAAUGCAUUGUAUGAGAUCUCCGAUGCCACCAAAACCCUCGCUGGAAACAUCCUGACCCUCGGCGACGCCCAUCAUGGAGCCUUUCUCAACAGUGAUUUGACCGUCAUCCCUAACUAG